UUCGGCGAGAGAAAUUUCCGCUUCCUGCACCGACAAACAGCAGCAGCCGAAACACACACCGAGCCGACACCAAGUUCCGCGCGGAGACGGGAGACGGACGCCGGGAUUCGCCGCCUGCCUUCGCCUCCGAAGCCCCGACGACUGCAAUGUUUUCACUGUCGGGCGGCGAUUAGCAACGAGCGGAGCAACUUUCCGUUUGAACCGAGAGGAGCCUGAAAAAAAAAAACACAAAUAAGAGGCAAGAGGAGGAGAAGAAGCGCCGACGGCACCAGGAGAAGGACACACGGAGCAGGCAGCGCAGCGCGGGUCUUCCCCCCGUUAGGCUCCGUCUGAAAGUCCCCCUCCAGCCUCCGGGAUGUCGGAGCGAGGAGGGCUCCCGCGGACUGGGGGCGUCCCUUCGCCGCACAUGCAGCCCUCCAAGCCGGUCAGCAUCACCUCCAACCGGCCGGUCCACAUGAACCUGUACGCCACCUGGGAGGUGGACCGCUCCUCGCCCAGCUGUGUGCCGAGGCUGUUCAACCUGACCCUGAAGAAGCUGAUCAUGCUGAAGGAGCUGGAUAAAGACCUCACUUCAGUGGUCAUCGCCGUCAAACUGCAGGGCUCCAAGCGGAUCCUGCGCUCCAAUGAGAUCCUGCUGUCUUCAGCCGGACUGACGGAGACGGACUUGCAGCUCACCUUCUCCCUGCAGUACCCACACUUCCUGAAGAGGGACGCCAACAAGCUUCAGAUCAUGCUGCAGCGGCGGAAGCGAUACAAGAACCGGACCAUCCUGGGCUACAAGACGCUGGCUCUGGGGCUCAUCAACAUGGCCGAGGUGAUGCAGCACCCCAGCGAGGGCGCCCAGGUCCUGGGGCUCCACAGCCAGCUGAAGGACGCCUCGCUGCCCGUCGCUGAGGUCCGAGUUUACUCUCUGUCCAGCCAGCCCAUCGAUCACGAGGGACCCAAAGCAAAGAUGUCUGAUCGUUCCCCAGACAUCGACAACUACUCUGAAGAGGAGGAAGAGAGCUACUCAUCAGAACAGGAAGGCAGCGAUGACCCCAUUCAUGGACAGUAUCUGUACGACGAAGAAGAGGAGGUGAGGAAGAAGAAGCCGAGGCGCAAGCUCCCUUCCAACGCUGCCAUCACCAGAGUAAGAAAAAAGGCCGUCCUUGCCUCAUAUCACUCAUUCAUCCCUUCUUUUUUUUCCCCUCUUUGUUUUUUUUUCUAUUUACCUGCUUGUUUGCUAAACAAGUAGUGACAAACCUGCUUCGUGCAAAAGGCCCUUUCAAGUAAAUUUGAUUUGACUGGACUCAGCAACCCUCCCACUGUGCUUCCUUCUUGCCUCAC